GGAAAGUAGGAGCAGAAGAGCUACCCAUCACAAAUGGGAUUGGAUUGGCAAUGGGAAUGAAUUUCCAUUGGUAAUCCAUUUUGGAAUCGUCCAAUCCCAUUUUUGAAGUCUUCUCUCUGCAACUUGGAGCAGAUUUUGAGCAGAAUCCCUGACGCCAAUCCUCGGACACACUAGACGCUAAGGUCUGCUCUAAGGUCUAAUAUAGAUUUUUCAUGAGCAGGCACGUAUAAUAAAAAAUUGUAAUAAAAUAAAAAAUUUUUUUGUGAGGUUAAAUAGCACGUGUCUUAUUUUCGUCGGGCAGUCAUCAAUUCCUAGUUCUCAGAGUUCCAGUAUAGGGUGAAGAGAAUAUGUACAAAUGUACUGUGAGAAUUCGCCACAUAUGGAGAGAGAUAUCGAUCCUAGCUACCAACUAUGUUGUCUAUCUUGUACAUACUAUAGGCUACGUAUUCUAUGACCUGUACCAGUGGGGUGGAUAGUGGAUUUGAUGAUUUGUUGUCGAAUUCAGAAUACAUACUUACACGAUAAAUUAUUCUUGUAACGUUUGUUUUAAAAGUCAUCAAAAUGAUGAUGGAUUACUUUGUCACGAACAAUUCUUUAGCACCUGCACCUAUGGGAAUCCAGAGUACUGCUGGUGCUGUACCCGUAAAAAAUGACAAAGGAGAGCUAUCCAUGAAGAAAGUAAAGGUACAUCGUUACGUUUCUGGAAAACGUCCAGAUUAUGCGCCAGCUGCUAGUUCUGAAGAAGAAUCCGAAGAUGAAGAUUUUUUAGAAAGACGAGCACAUAAACAUUACGAGGAAAAUGAAAUAUCUAUGGAUACUCCUGCACAGUCACAAGUUAGGAUACGCGAUGAGGAUGACCCACGUAUAAGGAGAUUAAUACGCUUAGAAAGACAAAAAGAAUCUAAUACAGAAGCUUGUACAGAAAGGCACAGACAUAUUUAUGAACCAGAAUUAAUCGAAGUUGAACCCGAAAGAACUCGUGAAAGAAUCAAGCUGGAGAGUUCCGAUUCAUCGGAAGACGAAGAGUUAUCAGAUUCUGAGAUUGAAAGAAGACGCGAAGCACUGAAACAGCGAGUAUUAUCUAAAAAGGAAAACGAAGAAGAACUAAUUCAUGGCGAGGAGGAUGAACGAUCCGGCGACAGUUCGGACGAGAGUUCAGAAUAUGAAGAGUACACCGAUUCCGAGGAAGAAACUGGACCAAGAUUGAAACCAGUUUUCGUACGUAAAAAGGAUAGAAUUACAGUAAUGGAGAAAGAAAAGGAAGCAAUGAAACAAAAACAGGCAGAAAUCGAGGCCAAGAAGAUGGUAGAAGAACGAAAACGGCAGACUUUAAGAAUGGUGGAAGAAGCGAUAAGGAAAGAAACGCAGGUUGGUAAAAACAAUAAUGAGCAAGAAGGAAGACUCGAAGAUGUAUGUACAGACGAUGAAAACGACGAGGUCGAAUACGAAGCUUGGAAAUUGAGAGAGCUAAAGAGGAUUAAACGCGAUCGAGAAGAAAGAGAACAGCUUGAAAAGGAACGUCUCGAGAUAGAACGUAUACGGAAUAUGACGGAAGAAGAACGAAGACAAGAGGCUCGCCUAAAUCCAAAAGUUAUUACCAAUAAGGCCGCUAAAGGAAAAUACAAGUUUUUGCAGAAAUAUUACCAUCGCGGAGCCUUCUACUUGGACAAAGAGGAUAACAUAUUCAAACGAGAUUUCUCUGGUGCAACAUUGGAAGACCACUUUGACAAAACAAUUUUGCCCAAAGUUAUGCAAGUGAAGAACUUUGGUCGCAGCGGUAGAACCAAGUAUACUCACUUGGUUGAUCAAGACACUACUCAGUUUGAUUCGCCGUGGAUCUCGGAAACAGCACAAAAUCUGAAAUUCCAUAAUAACCAAGCAGCAGGAAUGAAACAAAUAUUUGAUCGGCCGUCAUUAAAAAAGCGAAAAAAUGAAAACUAAUAAGCAUGGUAGAAAUUUAUAACGUUCAUAACAAUAUUUAAGUAUACAAUUUCUUGGAAAUUGUUAAUUUAAUAUAUUAUAAAUACAUGCUUGUGGGCACAUACUUAGGUUUUUGUACGUAACAAAUAUUUUAAAGCUAGUUUCGCGGCAGCUCGUUUGGCUUCUUUCUUGUUUAUACCAAAUCCAUGAAAACGCUUAAAUUGUCCAGCAAUAAUUACUUUUAAUGGCACCAUAACAGAACUUGUACCAACAAUAGGAACUGCAGAUCUGAAGAAAAAAAAAAAAGACAAACAGAAUAUCCAUUAUAUAAUUACGAUGAUAAUGCAUCUUGAUAGUACGUCACAGAUGAUCUUUUUAAUGUCAAUAAAAUUGGAAUACCGUAUAUGAUAAAGUA